AUGAAUGCAGGCCUGUCAGAGCGCUUCAAAAGCGGUCGCCGCCAUCCGAACACUCGCAAUGCUCCGGAAAAUUCUUUUGACGAUGGCCCAAGUCCCACUCUCACUUUAGACAUUCGCGACUACAACGCAAAACAAGAACGGAUCCAGUCCACUUCAGACAAAGAUGCCUGGCUUUCCCAGCCUGAGAUCCCGACAAAACAAGAACUGGCAGUCGGAGAAGCUAGUCUUCUUCCGAACAAGAUUGACAGCCCAUACAAGAGCAAGGACAGAUAUCUCAAAACUCACUAUGCACUACUUCGGGAGGAUGCUCUCGGUUCCCUGCGCGAUGCUCUCCAAGACUACUGCCAGGAUCCCACGACUGGUGACACUGUGAAGUUCUCAGUAUACGACCAAGUCCACAUUGUUGGGUUUACUUUCACGCGACGAGGUGUUGCUGCCAGGAUCAAAUUUUCAACGCAUCGGGCAGGAAGACGUAUUAAGUGGGCCAACAGCAAAAGACUCGUCAGUGGCAGUAUUAUCGCUCUACUACCCGCAAAAACCAAAGUCGUAGAUUUGAAUGACAUGGUUGUGGCCGUCGUCGCAGCAAGGCCGUUGGCAGGGGUGAUGUGUGAGCCCCCGGAGAUCGACAUCUACUUCGGUCAGCCUGAAGAUAUUCAACUCGACCCACAGAAAGAGUGGCUCAUGAUCGAAGCAAAGCAAGGAUACUUCGAAGCUUACCGUCACACAUUGAAGGCAUUGCAGAAGCUAAGCCAGGAGACAUUCCCCAUGUCUGAUCAUAUCUGCCAUCUUUCCCCUUCUGUCCAACCUCCUGCAUACGUACAUGGGAAUUCCACUCUCGACCUGAGCGCGGCUGCAAUCCCGGCGCAGAAGCAAGAGUACUCCAAAGUCGACGUCACCAAACAUUGGCCACCGGCACCCACCAAUUCGCUAGACGACACGCAAUGGGAGGCUUUGAAAGAGAUCCUCACCAGGCGACUAGCUAUUGUCCAAGGGCCCCCUGGUACGGGAAAGACCUAUGUCUCCAUGGUCGCACUUGAGGUUUUGCAUGCCAAUCGAAAGACGGCUUCAGAUCCACCGAUAAUCAUUGCUGCUCAGACGAAUCACGCUCUCGAUCAGCUUUUGGAACAUGUCUCUGUCUUUGAGCCUAAUUACAUUCGAUUGGGAGGACGUUCCACCAAUCCGGAAGUCCAGAAGCGGGCUUUGUAUGCGAUUCGGAAGAUGGAGAGACUCAGACCCAUUCCAGGUGGCCUGCUCGGCAAAACCCACAGUCUCCUGGUUAAACAAACAAACGCCAUGAUUGCGAUGUUGGAACCUUUUGUUAUGUCGGGGCCAGAUCCAUGGUCCACGGGUCAGGUUUCUGGCCCCAAGGUGCUCGAGAAACUGGGAGUAAUCAACACGCAACAAGCUCAAUCACUCGAAGACGGUGCCUCGGAAUGGGUCUCAGCAACCCCCACAACAGAAGGCCCCAUACAUUUGUGGCUGGACAAAGCACUCAUUCCGUUUGAAGUCAAGUACACAGAGGAGAAUUACGGUUUCGAGGAAGCUGAGGAUAACGAUCUCGAAUUUGAGCAGCUCAGAGAAAACGAAGACUCCACGGGAGUCAAUGAUGAGGAGGACAUCGAGUUGCUCAAAGGCCCGUGGAAAGAACUUCACGACAGAUUCACUGUCCAAAUACCGUUAGCCGCAGACCUUGCUAGAGCCACAAAAUUGCUGGACACUGUUUCGGACUUGUGGAAAAUCCCCAACUACUUCCGAGGCCCUGUUUACCAUAUCAUUCAGUCGCGAGCGAAGGACGCAAUUGCCGCCAAGUUCCGCGACGCAGCAGUGGUGUACAACAAACUCGUUAAAGACCAUCUUACCGGCAAAUGGGAACAAGAUAUCGUCUAUCUCCAACAAGCCUCGGUUAUUGGCAUGACCACGACUGGUUUGAGCAAAUACAGACCUCUGGUGGCAGCUCUUAAACCUAAGAUUAUCCUCAUCGAAGAGGCGGCCGAGGUGUUGGAGGCCCCUGUCACAGUCGCAUGCGUGGAGAGCCUCGAGCAUCUCAUCCUUGUGGGAGAUCAUCAACAGCUUCAGGGUCACUGCAGCGUUAAAGAACUAGAGGACAAUCCUUUCUAUCUGAACGUGUCUCUAUUCGAGAGACUUGUCCGGAACAAUAUGCCAUUCAAAAUCCUACUCCACCAGCGUCGAAUGAUGCCCGAAUUUCGCCGAUUCAUCUCCGUCCUCUACCCGGAUUUGAAGGACCAUCCUAGUGUAGCUGACCGCCCGGUCGAGCCUUGGGGUAUGGGCACGCUCGCAUCCUUUUUCUUUGACCACGAAUGGUGGGAGGCGAAAGAUGAGUCCCUCUCGACGUAUAACUCGGAAGAAGCCAAAUUCAUUGCCGGCUUCUACCGCUACCUGUAUAGGAAUGGUGUCGACCCUGCUAUGAUCACCGUACUGACCUAUUACAACGGACAACGCAAGCGCAUUCUUACUGAGUUAAAGGCCUUCCCUGAGUUUAGGGCGCCUGGCCAGCUCAAUGUGAAGACGGUCGAUUCGUACCAGGGAGAAGAGAAUGACAUCGUCAUCUUGUCACUGGCCCGGAAUAACGAGGAAGGCAAAAUUGGCUUCUUGUCCAACGUCAACAGAACCUGUGUAGCUCUUUCACGUGCGAAAUACGGCUUUUACCUCUUCGGAAACGCCAGGACUCUCAUGAAUGGAAGUGGCUUGUGGCACGCUGUUCUCACACUGCUCGAAGAAAGUCCUAGGCGCCGAGCAUGGGGCCCUUAUGUUGAUGUAUCACCCUCGACGCGGCCGGGACCGCCGAAUCAAGGCGAUCCGGGAGCGGCGAGUUGGAAAACGGCAUCACAGAAGACUAUGAAGACUCAUCCUUUAUCUCCACAAAAGCAGGGUGAACUCCGGAAAGGCUGGAAAGACUUUGCUAAAGGAGUUUUUGUUGCUGAUGAUGAACGUGUAAAUUCGCUGACAGCGCAAUCUCCCUCUGGCCGGCACCAUAGCGGACCUCCCGAGGUGAACACCCGACAUUUUCUUCCAAAUCAACCAGCGAUUGCGUCUUCAAAAGCCCAGUGCGAGACUCAGAGAAGCUUCACUCAGGUAUCACCAGUUAAGAAAGAAGCUGUUGUAGCCAUGAGCAAUGGCAGAACAAGAUAUUUGCACAAAUACCAACUUGGAUCGUCCCACAGCAGAGGCUCAUUGCGCACCGAGGCACUCCGUGGUCAAUUUGCAAACGAUAGCAGUCGCACUGACAAAGAACCGGAUCGAGUCUCAAACGUUCAAACUGGGGCAGAAAAGUCAGACAAGCGAGGGCCGAGCAACUUCGUGGAGAGGCGCAAUAAACCGAUGGCUCUUGAACCCAAAGAGCUGAUAUCAACAGAGCAUAAUGCCAGAGACAACAAGAUCACCGACGAUAUCAUGGAUGAUUUGAGAGAGUUUGAUGGGUAUUUCCGCAACGCCUGA